CAGCCAAUCAGCGCAGCCCACGACGCACACACACAUCUAAGCGAGUAACAACUACAAAAUUUUGCCAGCAUUUUAGUUUUUUAGGUUUCCUCCCGAGAAAAUAGCAUGAAUUUCUGGCACUAAACAAAGGAUAAGCUAACUGAAGGAUAAUAUGCAGCUAUUCAAGUUUGUGAUACUGGCCCAGUUGGCCCUCUUGCUGGUGGACGAGGCGCUGGCCGGCGGCAGAGACUUCUACAAAAUUCUGAACGUAAAGCGAAAUGCCAACACAAAUGAAAUAAAAAAGGCGUACCGACGCCUGGCAAAGGAAUUGCAUCCAGAUAAGAACAAGGACGAUCCGGAUGCCUCCACCAAGUUCCAGGACCUGGGAGCAGCCUACGAGGUCCUGUCCAAUGCCGAUAAGCGAAAGACCUACGACCGGUGCGGCGAGGAGUGCCUGAAGAAGGAGGGAAUGAUGGAUCAUGGCGGCGAUCCUUUCGCCAGCUUCUUCGGCGACUUUGGCUUUCACUUCGGCAACGGCGAUCCCCACCAGCAGGACACGCCCCGCGGUGCCGACAUCGUCAUGAACAUGUACGUGUCCCUUGAGGAGCUCUACUCUGGCAACUUUGUGGAGAUUGUGCGCAACAAGCCCGUGAUGAAGCCCGCCUCCGGCACCCGCAAGUGUAACUGCCGCCAGGAGAUGGUCACCCGUAAUCUGGGACCAGGCCGCUUCCAGAUGAUCCAGCAGUCGGUGUGCGACGAAUGUCCCAACGUCAAGCUGGUCAACGAGGAACGCACUCUGGAAAUCGAGGUGGAGCAGGGCAUGGUCGAUGGCCAGGAGACGCGGUUCGUGGCCGAGGGUGAGCCCCAUAUCGACGGCGAGCCGGGAGAUCUUAUCGUGCGCGUGCAGCAGAUGCCGCAUCCACGUUUCCUGCGCAAGGACGACGAUCUGUACACCAAUGUCACCAUCAGCCUGCAAGACGCCCUCGUUGGCUUCACCAUGGAGAUCAAACACCUAGAUGGACACUUAGUGCCCGUUACCCGCGAGAAGAUAACCUGGCCGGGUGCUCGUAUUCGCAAGAAGGGCGAAGGAAUGCCAAACUUUGAAAACAACAACCUGACGGGCAAUCUGUACAUCACUUUCGAUGUGGAGUUCCCCAAGAAGGACCUCUCCGAGGAGGACAAGGAAGCGCUCAAGAAAAUACUCGACCAAGCAUCCAUCAAUCGCAUCUACAAUGGACUGUGAACUCCCCCCAUCGCCCCAGAGCGCUCGCCGGCUGUAUCCUAGUAUUUUAAUAUGCCUAGCCGGGCGGUUUCCGGUUCGGUUUGGACCCGAAAACGCCCCCCAAUUCAGCAGAUGACUUUGUUCCAAAAAGUUGUGCGAUAAAACAAUUUAAUUUUAGUUUAGAAUUUUGUAAAAUAGAAAAAGAUGCAAAAAAACAAAAACAGGCGCGCUAUCCUGACAGUUAAGUGUGUCCUGACACUACCACAAAAUAAAACAACUGAUUUAAAUUAUAGUUUA